AUGAGUACUGAAGAGGCCGAAAGGGGCCCUGAAGGAGACACAACGCCUGCGGAGGGAGGCAAGAAGAAAGGAAAGCACCGGCGAGACAAGCCAUGGGACCAUGAGGGAAUUGAUCACUGGAAAGUAGAGCCCUUUAAACCUGAGGAUAAUCCAAGCGGCCUGCUUGAGGAGAGCUCCUUCGCCACCCUCUUCCCAAAGUACCGAGAAAAGUACCUCCGAGAGGUCUGGCCGGCGGUGACGAAAGCGCUCAAGGAUGUGGGGAUAGGCUGCGAGCUGAACCUGGUGGAGGGCUCCAUGACCGUUCGCACCACCCGCAAAACCUGGGACCCCUUCGCCAUUAUCAAGGCACGCGACCUCAUCAAGCUGCUGGCUAGGUCCGUGCCUGCUCCUCAGGCCCUGAAGAUCUUGCAGGAGAAGUUUGUGAAGCGGCGACAGCGCCUCAUAGGGCCCAACGGCAGCACGUUAAAGGCGCUGGAGCUCCUAACGGGUUGCUACAUGCUUGUGCAAGGCAACACCGUGGCGGCGAUGGGGCCAUACAAGGGUUUGAAGCAGAUCCGUAAGGUGGUCGAGGACUGCAUUAAGAACAUCCACCCCAUCUACCAUAUCAAGACCCUGAUGAUCAAGCGCGAGCUGGCCAAAGACCCGGCGUUGGCGACCGAAAACUGGGACCGGUUCUUGCCCAAGUUCAAGAAGAAGAACGUAAAGCGCAAGAAGCCGGAGGAGGCCGCGAACAAGGCCGGCGAGGAGGCAAAGAAGGUCUACACGCCCUUCCCGCCGCCCAUGCCGCCCUCCAAGCUGGAUCUGGCGUUGGAGAGCGGAGAGUACUUCUUAUCAGAAGAGCAGAAGCGUGAGCGCGCGCGGGCUGCCAAGGAUGCGGCACAGGAGGCACGUACGGCGGAGCGGCUGCGGCAGCGGCAGGCAGCGUUCAUCGCGCCCAAGGAAAAUGGCCCCUCCACGACGGGGCGCGGCAGCGGUGGAGUUCAGCAGCAACAAGAGCAGUCCAAACAGGGUGGCGAGGACGUGCGGGUUUUGGCCGAGUCACUCAAGAAAAAAGCCCAGGCUGGCACGGCGGGUGCCGCGGGUGCAGCAGACGGCCAUGGCAAGAAGGGCGGUGUGUCGGCCUUCCUGGCGCCGGAGGUGGACUUGGAAACGGAGGAUGUGGGUCGCAGAAAAAAGCAGCGGCAAGAGACCGGAACGGCGCAGGACGAGGAGCAGAAGCCUAGAAAGAAUGGCAAGCGACGGGGUGACGAGGCCGGGGAGGGAGACCGAGGAAGUAAAAAGAAGCUGCAGCGGAAAGGAGGACGCGAGGAAGACGGCGGUAUUGAGUGAUGGUGUAGGUGUGGAGGUGAUACGGUUUUUAGUACACGGCCAGAGUGCGAUAAUUUGCAACUGGACAAUUAAAUACCUGAAGACGGAAGGAAAAGACGCGGCCCAAACAAGCCCACAAAAUUGGACAACAGCAGACAUGCAUUGCUGUAAGUGUUAA